UACAAAAGACUGGCUUAAUUAGAACAAAAUAAAAAAAAUAAUGACUAAAAUAUUUCUCUCCAUCAGUUUUUAUCCGAUCGGAUCCUGAAGGCUGCGCGGGUGGUUUACAGCACACUGAUGGAGCGUAACCCAGGCCUGAUAAGAGACAGAAAAUACCAUCUUAAGACUCACAGACAGUGCUGCAGUGGGAAGGAACUUGUGGACUGGUUAAUGAAACUCAAUGAUUGCUUCCAGUCCCGGAGUCAGGCGGUCGGAAUGUGGCAAGUUUUGGUGGAUGAGGGCAUUCUGACUCAGGUGAAACAGGAGUUAAACUUCCAUGACAAAGACACACAGUUUUACCGCUUCAUGGAGGCCGAGUAUGACCUUAAUCACACAACUAACGAGAAAGACUCCAAAGAUGAAGAACUCCAAGAGAGUUUAUCGCUCCUGAUCCAGAUGGGUCCGGAUGCUCUUCUGACUAUGAUACUGCGUAAAUGCCCAAGCCAGAGAACUACAGAGGACCUGGAAGUUAUUUACGAAGAACUCCUGCACGUCAAAGCUGUGGCGCACUUGUCUACAUCUGUUCGGAAGGAGCUGGCAGCAGUGCUGUUUUUUGAAAGCCAUGCCAAGGCGGGAACAGUCUUAUUCAGUCAGGGGGACAAAGGGACUUCCUGGUACAUCAUCUGGAGAGGCUCUGUUAAUGUCAUCACACACGGCAAGGGCUUGGUGACCACGCUUCAUGAGGGAGAAGACUUUGGGCAGCUGGCUUUGGUGAAUGACGCCCCUCGUUCUGCCACCAUCAUCCUGAGAGAAGAUAACUGCCACUUCCUGCGGGUGGACAAGCAGGACUUUAUACGUAUCCUAAAGGAUGUUGAGGCCAAUACCGUCCGACUGGAGGAACACGGUAAAGUUGUUCUGGUUCUUGAGAAGAGCUCGGUGCAGGAGUCUGCCUAUCAGGGAGGAUCAGCAAGCAGCAAUAAGUACACAGUAAUGUCAGGAACGCCAGAAAAGAUCCUAGAACACAUGCUGGAGACGAUUAAACUGGAAACCAAUGGCACUGAUUUUAUAGAUCCCAGUGUGACUGAUUUCCUCUUAACACAUCCAGUCUUCAUGCCCUACGGCCAGCUCUGCGCAGCCCUCCAGCAUCACUACCAAGCGGAGCCCUCCGAAGGUACAGACCUGGAGAAGGCGGCGUACGCUCUCAACACCAAGCAGAAGGUUGUGAAACUUGUGGCUCACUGGGUAGCUCUGUACGGUCUUCUCCUGAGGGACAAUUCUGUGGCCUCUGAAUUUCUGGAGAAAUUCAGGGAAGGGGUGAUGGCUGACUCGAGACUUUCCAGCAUGCUCAGAGAACAACUGAGGGACAGAAGAAAGACAAAAAUAACCGAAAAUGGAUGUCACACUCUGACAAAGCUGAACCAAAAGUUUGAUUGGUUUUCUGCUCACGAAGAGCCGGUGGGGAAAUUACGGUCGAUUAAAGCUCAAGAUAAAGUCUUGUACGAGAUCUUUAAACCUGAUCAUAAGGCUGUCACGGUGAUGCUGCCGGUCGAUGCUUCGGUGAAAGACAUCUUGACUACGUUAGUGGAUCCUGAGAGAGACUAUGUGCUGGUCAGGAUGAAUUCCUCAGGAGACAGGGUCCAGCUCAAGUUGGAGACCACGGCAGUCUCCGCCUCUUUAGGAGUGAAUGAGAAGCUUUUCUUCUGCUCUGCCAGCCAGGUGGAACAACUGACACCGGCGAAAGAGCAGCUGGGGCCAGAGAAGAGCACCAUGGACACUCUGGAGCAGAUGUGCUCCAAGGACAUGGCCAGCCAGCACACCAGCUAUGACUGGGAGCUCUUCAUGGCCAUGCAUGAGGUAACAGCCGAACCAGAAUACACUGGCGCAUUAAACGGUUUCAUUUUAGUCUCUGAUGCCAUUUAUCUGCUUAAGGAGGAGCGUUAAACAAAAAUGAGACUA